AUGUCGAAUGGUCAGAGUGAGCAGGAGCCCAUCUGGGCUCCGGGAACUGUCACCCUCGAAGAUAUACACGGCAGUAGUGUGGUCCUAUUCCCUACUCCUUCUGACGACCCGGAUGAUCCUCUUAACUGGUCCAAGGCACGGAAGGCUCUCAACUAUACUUUUGUUAGUCUAUUUGUACUCUUUACCUUCGUGGAGCUAGACAUUGGCUUUACCGCAUGGGGUCCGAUGGAAACAGAGCUUGGCUUCACGGUAGAUCAGCUCAAUGCCGGUACAGCGACCAAUUACGGUGGUCUUGCUGUGGGGUGCUUCUUCCUGCUUCCUCUCGCUCGAAAAUAUGGCCGCCGCCCUAUCUAUAUCUUUUCCUCGGCGUUGCAGCUGGCUGCGAGCGUGUGGAAUGCCAAAACCUAUACCUUCGGUGACUAUAUCGGAGGGAUGCUGAUCUCCGGCCUGGGGGGUGCUAUCAGCGAGAUUAUCGUACAGAUGACUGUCGCAGAUCUUUUCUUUGUCCACCAACAUGCCACCAUGAACGGAUUAUUCGUACUCUUCCAGUCAGUCGGAGCGUUUCUGGGACCUGUUGCCUCAGGAUACGUCGUGGAAUCCCAAGGCUGGCGCUGGGGAUGGUGGUGGUGUGUGAUAUUCUUCGCCGUCAUGCUAAUUUGUGUGAUCUUUCUUUUCGAAGAAUCGAAGUUUCUUCCUAUUCUGAAUGCCCAGGAAGUUAUUCCAGAUGUGCAGACAUCCGGUGUAGAAGAACCUGAGUGCUCUCAGGCUUCUAAAGGAAGACUGUCAUCUGAUGACAAGAAGGGAUUUGAACGGUCCGUGGAAAUAUGUGCCACACCGCGGCCUGGAAGCGAGCCAAAGACCUACCUUCAGAGAAUGGCCCUCGUCACACCGUCUGAUGAAUCUAUAUGGCCUCAUGUGUGGCAGCCAGUCGUCAUUCUAUUUACUUUUCCAGCAGUGACAUAUACUGCACUUACAUAUGGCUCCACCCUGUGCUGGUUCGCAGUCAUGACAUCUCUACAAGCGACAUAUAUGAUUCUUCCGCCAUAUAAUUUUAGUUCAGUCGGAAUCGGUUUGAUGAAUGUUGCCCCAUUUAUUGGCAGCCUGUUAGGCUUUCCAAUCUCAGGCUAUCUGAGUGACAAGUCCAUCCUUUGGCUUUCGAAGAGAAACAACGGCAUAUACGAGCCGGAGAUGCGACUUUGGCUAUCGCUCCCUAUAAUAGCUUUGGGUCCAGGAUCUAUACUGAUGUUUGGACUUGGGCUUGCCUAUGGCUCUCACUGGGUUGUACUAGCAGUUGGCUAUGGUUUCUUUGGGUUUGUUCUUUCUUGCAGCAGUGGUAUCUCACUAUCAUAUCUUAUGGAUUGCUAUCAGGAUAUCGUUGGCGACACUCUGGUCGGCGUAGUAUUCAUGCGAAAUGUGAUCGCUGUCAUUGUUCUUUUCACUUUGACACCUUGGGUUAAUGGAAUGGGUAUGCAGAACCUGCAUAUCUUGAUUGCAGUCGUGGCAUUUUUCAUCUAUUCGAUUCCAAUCCCCCUAUUGAUAUGGGGAAAGAGGGCCCGGAUUGCUACUGCAUCGACUUAUCGGAGGAUGGCAGAGAAUCAGAGCGAUAAUCGGGUGGUCUGACAUACAAGCUAUCUUUGAGACACGAGCUUGUAGACUAUAGGGAUCUGUAUAUGUACACAGGACCAUUCGCAAUGUAGCAG